AUGUUGGAUGCCACCAGACCCAACAGCGCCCCAACAUCACCAACAUCUCCCACAAACAUACAUCAUGACCAACAUCAUCAUCAUCAUGAGACGCCCUUCUCUUCCUCUCCUUUAAGCCCAAAACAAUCUCACAAAUCAAAUCCAUCCCGAAGAGCCUCCUCUCGAUUCACUUCCACCAAUGCAUCCAAUUCUCAAAGACGUCUCUCUGUAAAUCUUCUCCUCAACAAACUCACCAACAUGAAUGCCAAUACUACGAGUUCGCACACGAAUUAUUCUCUCAACAACAACUCGAAUUUUUCUGGCGCCCAUUCUUUACUGUUGUCCUCGAACAUCAACAACUCCAUCACUACCAAUGGCUUUAGUGCUCUUGGUAGUGAGAGCUUAACUAUUCCUCAACUCACUCAUCAAGGUAGUCAGAUUAUUAUGGGAGUACCGUAUAGAGAGGGUUGGGGUUAUCGAAAAACCACCCAUUGGCCCUAUUUGUAUAAUAAGAGAUAUUUUGUAUUGAAGAAUCAUCACUUGCGGAUUUAUCGAACACAAGAGGAUUUUAAACAACAUCAAAUUUUGUCAGCUCAAUUAAUCAGUAAUAAUAGUGCACCUUCAAGCUUGAAUAGUAGCAAUACUUCUUAUAAUAAUGGCUUCAAUAGUUUUUCAGGUGGAACAAGUGUCAAUAGUUCUUCCUCGCACAAUAAUAAUUGUUAUGAAGACGACAAUACGAGUAUUAUUUCGACCACUCCUACCUCCUUAGCGGCCCUCACAUCAUCUCAUAAUAAUAACCCUGUAUUCACCGAUCCUGCAAACAUGAUUAAUGAAUUCAUCCUGUAUAAAAUUCCUCUCAAGUAUUGCAAAUUAACGAAAUUUCAUACGGUGAAGGGUAAUGAUGGACAACAUUCAGCAGUCAAUGUUCUUGAUUAUAGGAGUGAGGAUCAUGAUUCGGGUGGAGCCGCCAACAACUGCCAUGAUGACACCUUUAAGGAAAUUCAAUCUUUUACAAAAACUACCGCUAUCAAUAUCACUAAUUCUGAUGAUGAUGAAUUGGAGGAGUUUGAAUUGCACUUUUUACCUCCAGCAGAUUAUACAGGAAGUGGAGUUGUGGGAUCUAAGAGUUACAAAAUCAAUCAUCCAAAUGGAGGAGAGAGCGAUAAACAAUCAGAAGAUCAUGCAAAUACUCAUGGAACAAACGAAGAGGGAGGCUCUUUCUCUGUAGCCAAUUCCGCAGUUUUCAAACUCAAAUUCAAGAAAUCAAAGGAAUUUAAUCGAGCCAUCGAUUGGUUCUCAACAUUGGAUAAAGCAAUUUUCCUUGCCAGUAAGGCUUCAGAGGAAGAAGAGAGAUCCAGUUACGAGCAGAAGGAGAAAGUUUUUGACGAGGAAGAAUGGCUCUCCAAGUACAAACAAGAGCAACAACAAGACAUGAUGGAAUUACCAGUGUUUUUAAGACCUUUACAAAUGCAAAUGCAACACAACGAGGAGUUGUUGGAUCAACAAGAGAAACUCAAGGCACAGCAAGAAAACAACUCACGAUCCAUGUCUCUUAAAAAGCGUUUAUCCCUAUACUUUACGGGAGGAUCCAGCAGCAGCAACAACAACAUCAAUAGUACCACCACUGGUGGUCAUACCAACUCUAAUGGCAACAAGAGACACUCCAAAACUCUUGAUAUCAGUGCUAGUAAUGUCGAAUCGGACGAUUCAUCUUCGUACCACACACCUUCGUCUGGCAACGACCUCAAGAGAAGAAGUGGAUACAUUGUGGACGACAAUUUCCCCUGA